UUCCAUUUCUCUCCUUUCACGUCUCGUUUCUCUACCAUCUGUUCUACAUCAUCACCACAAGUAUCACCACAAGCUUCACCAUCAUACUACUCAGUGAUGCAAUAAGGCUCGACACAGACGGACAAACAAAUCUCACAUCCAACCUGACUCACAAAACUCGCCAUGGACGAAAUCACCACCACACCUACUACCACCACCCCAAGGACCUUCACCCUCUUCCCCCUCCUCCCCACCGAGCUCCGCCUCGCCAUCUGGCAAGCCUCCUGCCACCCCCGCAUCCUGGAAAUCCACUACUGUCCCUCCCAAGACCGGUGCUUCACCCCCUCCAAACCACCCGUGAUCCUCUCCGUCUGCCGGGAAUCCCGCCACGAAGCGCUCUCGCGCAUCUACGCCAAAGCCUUUGGCACGCGCACCCACCCGUCCGGAUCCAUCUACUUUGCGCCGGACCUAGACAUCCUCUACAUACCACGGUACUACGAAGAGGAAGGGGAUUUUCAUCAUCACCAGAAAGGAGGAGGACGUGGGGGCAGCAAAGAAGAACAAGAAAAGGAAAGGACAAGGAGGAUCAUGUCGAUGGGUUACAGCGAGACGGCGCGGGAUUUCGGUCGGUACGUCCUCAACACCACGGAGCUGGUGAAGAAUCUGGCCAUCGAUCACGUCAGACCGGAGAUCAGGAGGCCGUGGGAGACGUAUAGCAAGUUUUGUCUGAUCAGGAGCUUUCUUAAGUUGGAGAGGGCGUUUUUGAUUUUGGAUAAUACUACUACAACCACUACCACUACCUCUACUUCGACAACGGCAACGGCAUCGGCAACGACAAUAUCAACAACCAGUGGGUGGGUAGAAGAGGAGGAGGAGGAGGAAGAAGAAGAUGAGGAGGAUCAAAUCGAAUUCAUCGACCCCACCGAAAGCAAAGAAGAAAUCAUGCGGUUGAUGGAGAACGUAAGCGCUUCGUUCACCCAUGAGGUUGGGGUGGGGGUUACUACCCGGUUUGAGGAGAGUAGCAGUGGUGGAAGGAGUAACGAUCAACAACAUUUUGAUUGCUGCUCGGAUCAUGUACCAGCAGGGCGCAACGGCGGUGAUGAGUUGGCGCUGAUACCGAAGACUAAGGUUCAUCACCAUCAUCAUCAUCAUCAUCACAGUCAUGCCCCGUGGCAGAGUCAUACGUCGUCGUUCGUGGCGUGUGUAUGAGUGUGGGAUUUGGGAGUUGAGGGGGGAUGAGUGAUGGAUGGGUUAUGAACGGUAUGGGACUAUGCAUAGGUAGCGAUUAAAAAGCGGUGAUUUAGGGGAGUUUUUUUUUUUUUUUAGCGUCAGGUUAAUAGUGGGCUGGAGUAUCGGACAAAACGUUUCAAUGGUUUAAUUUUCGAAUUUCUUGAUGAUACGAUUCGAACUUCGCAAGUUGACCACCGAGUGAACGGUGGCCCGCCUAGAAAGGAC